AUGGAAGAUCGUAACAUCACGGACGCGGACCGCGAGUGCCCGCAACUGCUCGAAUUUGACGAGAAGUUGAAGCCGAUGGAUCUGAAAAAGAUGCAAGCGGUAAAAUAAGGGGGACUAGGAGCCGACGGAGAGAAAAGUUAGGCCACCGAUGGCAUUUCAGGGCGACGACAUCGGAAAGCACUGGAAAGUGGUGAAGGCGAUCGAUUCGGAGAAGGGAUUCAACACGAUCUACGUGGCCGAGCACACGCAGAAAAAGAAGCUGGCUGCCAUUAAGGUUGGCGAAAUUUCUGGAAUUUAAAGAAAAACAGCAUUUUCCAGGUGGAGAGAAAGGACGAAAAGGUGAAAAUGUUGCAAUUCGAGCUGUUCGUUUUGUUGGCGGUCGAAAAGCAGAACAAGUGCAAACAGUUCUGCAAGUCAGUUUUUUAGAAGCACAUUUGGUUACUGGGUUCUAGUUCACUUUUCAGGGCUCAAAUAUCAUAAGAGUACCCAAUUUUUAUUCAAAUUUCGAUACUAGGUCUUACAAGUAACUGUUUGGAAAGUUCAUUAUGAGAAAAAGUAGUACAAAGGUAGUUGGGUACUUUGUUGAAAUGUUCAGUCAAGUAAGACACCUACAAAAGUACAUUUAGAGUUCUGGAGAAGGGAAACGAGAAGGACUACAACUGGAUCGCAAUCACUUUGGCCGGCCGGAACCUGCGAGCCCUGCGGAAGCGUCAGCCGGGCGGGAAACUCUCGUUGGCGUGCGGCCUGAGUGUCGCCCAGCAGUGUCUGAAGGGCCUCGAGGAGCUGCACCAUGUAAUGCGUCUCGUGAAAUGUUCUGGAUAGUUAUCGAGAGAUUUCAGAUGGGAUUCAUCCACCGUAACGUGGCUCCGUCCGUGUUUGCCAUCGGAAGAUACACGGGCGACAAUGAGAGCGAUUUGAGAAAUGUGAGAGAGGAUUUUUGGGGGCUGUACGGUUUGGUGGCAUGUUCCAAUAAGAAAAGUUGCUGCAGACUUUGUGAAAGUUACAAUGCUUUCAAAAUAGAAAAAUGUUGUUUAACCAUGCAUGGUCCGCCCAAUAGAGCGAUAAAUUGGCGCGAAAUUCAAAUUUUAGCAGCAACAUUUGCGUUUUUUGCCAGAUUAGCCACGAAAAACCGAUAAUUUCUGAUUUGUCUCUCGAUAGACCGAUUGUAUAGGCUAUUAAGAAUUUCUUAAGCGAUAAAGCGUUAAAUUUGGUCAAGUCACAAAUCACAUUUAUCCGUUUGAAGGUUUUUGGCUAAUUUUUUUUUUAAUUUGGCUUUUUGGCUUUCCGGUAGUUUUCGCGGUUCGAGCGCUCAAAAUGCUUGUAUUUACGUGAUUUAUCAUUCUCAAAACCAAUUCUGUUUGAAAACGGUCAAGAAAGCGCAAAAUGAGAAGUAUGGUUUUUAGGCGGCGAUCGGCGGCGAAAGCGAAAAAGCAAAGUCCGCGAAAAAUGCGCCAAAACGUCAUUACUACUGAGAAUUAGUGUGUUUUCAUGCCGAACAAUCAUUUUUCAUCGCCUUUGACCACAAAAAUCAGAGAAAACCUGCUCAAUUCAUGAAAACGCCAUUUGGCCGAGGCCACGCCCAUAUUGUCAGCUCUGGAGACCGUGGCAUGUUCAUAUUUCGUUCAGAUUUUCAUCCUCGACUUUGGCUUCGCGCACCAGUACCAGCUGAAGGACGGGAAGUUGAAGCCGCCGUCGCCGAAUCCGUGGAAGUACGUGGGAAGUCUUCGUCACGCGCCCCGAGCCGCCUUCUCGCGCGUCGAAUUCUCGCGGAUGGAGGACCUCGAGAUGUGGUUCUACAUGACCGUCGAGCUCAUCAAAGGAUGUCUGCCCUGGGCCCAUUUGAAGGUAGCAUUUUUUCGUGUUGAAAAAUUUAAGGACGGCGCAUUUGUGGCCAGUUUUUCAAAGAAUUAUCACAAUCGAAGGUUUCUUUUGUAUAAGGAUAAAUGGGUUUCAAAAAAGGUUUUUAAAUGUUGAGAAUUUCAAGGUUUUGUUUCCAGUCUCACAAGAAUAAGUACACCCUUAUCUUCAAAUUUCCAGUAAAUGAAUGCUUUAUCAAAAACGAUGUAUUCAGAAGCCUAAAGACGUGUUCGACUACCAGAAGCUGUGCCGUAACGGCCUUCAGAUGCGCGAGAUGCUCGGAGGUCUUCCGCCCGAAUUUUUCGAUAUAAUGCAAAUGAUUGACAAGCUCUCGUUCACGGACACGCCCAAGUACAGCGAGAUUUACGGACUGCUCACGAAUGCGAUCCUUUUCGGCGGAAAAGAUGUAAGUUAUUGAUUUUUCAGGAUUUUUUGUUUUAAUUAUUCAAGAAUCUCUGCUUUUGCAGGAGUUUCCGUACGAUUGGGAGGAGCGCGAGAUUGAGGAAUUCAAAAAUCCGCCGAAGCCGUCGGCCGAGCCACCGGCGGCCAAAUAA